UUGGCUGGUAUAAGCUUUGUUCUGCUAAAUAUUUGUAAUCUGCAAAAGAUCAGCAGUGAAAAUGCAAAACCUGCAGAUUUACUAAUAUAUAUGCAGACUUGGCAUCCUUUUAGUAUUCCCCACAGGAAAUUCAUCCAAAUGGUGUAAAAAUAUGGGGAAACAAGGCAAGAUAGGUAUUCAGAAUAUGGGGUUAAAUGAGCAGCUUGCACUAUUUUUGAUUUUUUCAAUAGUUAGAGGUACCAAAUCAUCGCGGCAAUAGGCAGUAACGAAUUGGGGAUAAAAAAGGAAGCAUCCUAUCAUAUAAAAUUUUUUGACGAGAAAGGUCUAUUGUCUUCGAUGUCAAAGAAGUGUACUACCGUGAAAAUGGAGAAGCUACUAUACGGUGUGGUUCGAACGAGCUUGCACUGAAAAUGGCUCACGAUGCUAAAAAUAAGUUCUCCGAGGUAUAUGAGAUUGAAAACCUGAAACCUCUGAAGCCAAGAUUCAAGAUAAUAGGAUUAAGUGACGAAAUCCCAGAAAACGAAAUAAUCGCCAAAAUGAAACAACAAAACAAUUUGCCUGAAACGGCUGAUUUGAAAGUUAUUCGCGUACAGAAGUCCAAACGAACUGAAAACACAAGAGUGGUAGUGUUUGAAUCUGACCCCUCGACGUUCUACUGUCUGAUGAAAGCGCAACGGGUCAAUAUUGGCUGGGAUCGCUGCCGAAUCUUCGAGGUUGUUGAUGUAAUGCGCUGUUACCGCUGCUCUGAAUAUGGCCACAAAGCAGCGACAUGUAAAAAUUUAGUAUGCUGUCCAAAGUGCGCAGAAGAACAUCCAAUAAACGAGUGCAGCUCUGAUUUCGAAAGAUGUGUUAACUGCCAACUAUUUAACUCAGAGCAGGAACUUGAUGCCGACAAGCUUGAUUUUAUUCAUCCCUCUUGGAGCUCUGAAUGCCCGCUGUACCAAAAACGCUUGAAGAAAGCCAAACUUAGAAUUGACUACUCGACAUAGCAACCAAUGAAGCUAGCCAUCCGCAAUCCAAAUGAUGAUGACUGCACGACAGUUUCUCCAGUCUACCGUUGAACAACCUACUUCCGGCUCCGCAGCUGAUAUUCAUCUAGCCAUCCGCAAUCCGUAUAAUGAUGACCACAAGACUGUUUCUCCAGGUAAAGCCAAAGAGGGUAUAUGUCCUCCCGAAGUUACCUACGAUACUGCACCCCCUCAAAAUAAUUUUCAGUUCCAGUCUACCGUUGAACAACCUACUUCCGGCUCCAUAGCUGAUAUUCAUCUAGCCAUCCGCAAUCCGUAUAAUGAUGACCGCAAGACUGUUUCUCCAGGUAAAGCCAAAGAGGGUAUAUGUCCUCCCGAAGUUACCUACGAUACUGCACCCCCUCAAAAUAAUUUUUGGUUCCAGUCUACCGUUGAACAACCUACUUCCGGCUCCGUAGCUGAUAUUCGUCUAGCCAUCCGCAAUCCAUAUAAUGAUGACCGCAAGACUGUUUCUCCAGGUAAAGCCAAAGAGGAUAUAUGUCCUCCCGAAGUUAUCUACGAUACUGCACCCCCUCAAAAUAAUUUUCGGUUCCAGUCUACCGUUGAACAACCUACUUCCGGCUCCGUAGCUGAUAUUCAUCUAGCCAUCCGCAAUCCGUAUAAUGAUGACCGCAAGACUGUUUCUCCAGGUAAAGCCAAAGAGGGUAUAUGUCCUCCCGAAGUUACCUACGAUACUGCACCCCCUCAAAAUAAUUUUCGGUUCCAGUCUACCGUUGAACAACCUACUUCCGGCUCCGUAGCUGAUAUUCAUCUAGCCAUCCGCAAUCCGUAUAAUGAUGACCGCAAGACUGUUUCUCCAUGUAAAAGUCAACUCAAAAUGUACUAUCAGAACGUGAGAGGACUACGCACAAAGAUCGAUGAGCUGUUCGUAGCUGCAUCCGACGCAGAACAUGAUGUCAUUAUCCUGACAGAAACAUGGCUGAACGACGAAAUCAACUCGCUGCAGCUAUUCGGACCUAGAUAUUCGGUAUAUCGUAACGACCGUGACCCGAUCGCUGCUGGUAAAAAAAGGGUGGUGGUGUACUUAUAGCUGUUUCCAAUCGGUUAGCAUCUAAACAAAAGAGUUAUGACAAUAGAGGUCUAGAACAACUCUGGGUAAACAUUAAUAGCAAGGGUACUAACACAUGUGUGGGCGUCGUAUAUCUUCCUCCGGACUCCGCAGAUAACAUAAACGUUAUUCAAAAUCACAUUCAAUCUGCACUCGACAUCGCCAAUUCGCUAGAACCCCAAACCUCUCACUUGUUAUUCGGAGAUUACAACCAGCCUGGUCUUGUCUGGAAAAGCACUUCCUUCGGCUACGCCUAUGCCGACCCCUCUGACUCAUCCCUUUCGAGAUCCAGCAGUGCUUUACUAGACGGGAUGUCUCUACUGAACAUGCUGCAAAUGUGUACGAUUAAGAACGGACGAAAUCGCACGUUGGAUCUUCUGUUCAUAAACGCAGACGCAUACAUGAACUGUCAUGUGUACCAAGCAGAUGAACCACUCGUUAAUAUAGAUUCCCAUCAUCCGCCCCUCUUAGUUGAGCAGACCUGUCCACGACAGGUUAUUUUUGAUGAGAUGCUGGAAGAUUUCAAAUAUAACUUUUCAAAAACUGAUUUUCUUGGACUCAACAACUCACUGCAAACUAUUGACUGGAUUACCUCGCUUAACAGUGCAACCGAUGUAAAUGACGCAGUAGAAAUAUUUUCGUCGAUACUGAUACAACUGUUUGAAAUAUAUGUCCCAGCACCGCGUCCUAGACAGAAACCACUUUGGUCCAAUUGACGACUUCGAGAACUUAAACGACUGAGAGCAGCCGCGCUUCGUCACUAUACCAAUCGACGGAAUCCCAAUACAAAACGUGAAUUCAUUUACGCCAGCAACAGUUACAAAGCUUAUAACCGCUUCCUCUAUUCUCGGCACGUGCUACAAAUGCAAUCUAACCUUGAGCGAAACCCCAAACGUUUCUGAUCUUUUGUUAACGGGAAGCGCAAGGAGAGCGGACUUCCUUCCAGUAUGACUUUAGCUAAUGAAAGUUCUAAUACGACUCGUGGCAUUUGUAAUCUGUUUGCAAAACAUUUUUCGAGUGCAUUUGAAACAGUUCCGACUACUCCAGUACAGGUUGAAAUCGGACUACGCGAUGUUCCCAGUGACGUGAUGAAUCUAGGUAGCAUCCGUUUUUCCGAAGAAGAUAUUGUUGCUGCCAUUGAAAAAUUGAAAUCCUCGACAUCGGCUGGUCCAGAUGGGAUUCCUGCUAUUAUUUUAAAAAGAUGCGCUAGAGCCCUUUCUGCUCAUCUAAAACUGAUCUUUAAUCAAUCGUUGUCGCAAGGGACGUUUCCUCUGUGUUGGAAAAAGUCAGUUAUGUUUCCUGUCUUUAAAAAAGGUGAUAAGCAGGACAUAGCAAAUUAUCGAGGCAUAACUUCUCUCUGUGCGGGGUCUAAGCUGUUCGAAAUUUUAGUAAGCAAU